CGAUUCGCGAUGGUGGAGAGAAAGCUAUUCAAGACGAAGCUCUGUGUGUUGUAUCAGAGAGGUCACUGUAAUCGUCAGAGCUGCUCCUUCGCUCAUGGAGAAGCCGAGCUUAGGCGAUUCGGCGCCUCCAGUUCUGUAAUGGCAGAUGAAUGCAGCACGUGUCGUCAACAAGCUUUAGCAACUGAGCGAUAGCACUUGUUAUCCUAUACCUUCAGAUAAUGGUUCCCGUGACCUAAUUGGUGCUAUAACUUCUCUUUUCAUCUACUGACCCUAUGGUGCCCUUAUCGUUAUUUCUGAUCUGUGUGCGAGAAGGAUUCAGUUAGUAUGGCAUCAGGGACUAUUGCUUUCUCCAAUGUGUUGUCGAGAGACAAUACCUGGUAUUGUGGUUUGGUGGCUGGCUAAUCCUUCUUUUCAACGGGACAACCAGAUGAUUCUUUAUAGCUGAUUGCAAUAUUGUUUAACAACUAUAUCGGCUCAUCAUAAAUCUAUUGAAGCACAAUUGCUUUUUAUGAGGAGUCACUACGCGACUGGUGGAAAAUGCUUUCUCAUGUGAUCUUUACAUGAUAAGCCAAUUGUGUGACCUAUAUUCCGUAGCAUCUAUCUAGUGUAUGUUCGCAUGGAGCUCAUGGCAUUAUCUUGAUCAGUAUCUAUACAACAAUGCAAAGGGAUUUCUCUUAUGAGGAAGAUGCAAUCUCCACGGAUCUAUCUUCAAAUGCUGCACGUGGGACAGAAUCACUGAUUUAUCUACAUUAUAUAUGGACAUCUGGGGUGUCUGCUCACAUUGUUACUCAGAUUUCUUACAUCUCUAAUUGCACUAUGCCAAGAGGAGGAAUGUCUACUACCCAUGAAUUCUAUUCGUCUUUCUUACUGGAGCAGGCUUAUCAGUGAUAUAAACUGAAAUUGGGAGAAUUUUUUUGCCUAUGCAUUGUGUGAAUUUGCUAGUUUCCCCUCACUUUGGUCCCACAAGGAGGCUCUGUUUCUCUUUGUUAGUGUUUAUAUAUGUUUUCAGUGUGAUGGUAAGGCUGGCUUCGUCAUAGCUUGUGGGUUAUCAUAUUGCUCGUAUUAAAAGCUAAAUUAAAAUGAGAUUAUGUCAAACUGAGGACCUUUCUUUUGUCCUCACAGGCAGACGAGACUAUAGAGGUAAUGACUUGAGGAGUAGACUUGGGAGGAGGUAUUCUCCUCAGAGAAGGUACUCUCCUGUAAAAGAUGCAAGAAGCCGCCACACAUUGCACAGAUACAGCCCUUCCAGGUCUCUCGAGGAUAAUAGUGACAGAAAACGCCGGAAGAGCCAGCAUUUGGAUAGUCCAAGUGAUGUUUCAGGGAAAGUAUCAGAUGGGACAGAUUAUGCCAGAGGAGGGCGGUCUACUUUGUCGGACUCCAAAAAUAAUCUUCACGGACAGUUAAAGCAAGUACAGGCAGAAAUCUCCAUGUUUGAUCAUCAUAAAGUUCAGUUGGAGAUUCACCUGAAAGAGCGUGUCCAGGAGGAAGAUAGCCUUGCUUCUAAGAUUGAGGAGCUUGAAAGGCAAUUGCACAAAGAAAAAAAGGAAUGUAGAAGGAUCAACUCAAGGAUCAAGAAAUUUGUUAAGGCUCAUCAUCGCCAUGCACGGUUGCAAGAUGACCUAAAAAGAUCACAGAUCCAACUUCAGGAUCUGGGAGAUCAGCUCAGUUUGGAUGCUGUUGAAGGUGGAAACAAGGAAGAGGACUCUAGCAUCAAUAUUGUUAGUGAUGGAGAAAACCCGAACAAUCAUGCGGGUAGCCCUCGGAAUGAGCUGCAGACUCAUGAUUUACAGCGCAUGAAAAUGCCAGACUUAAAUCAGGCCGCAGUUGAAGAAUUACAGCCACAUGGGAAAUGGAAAUUCUCGCGGUGGACAUAUUCUCACCAAAAGCAUGAUGAGGAAUUUUACAAUGGCAAAAACAAUGGUAAUGGACAGCCUGGAGUAGAUGGCAUGCACAACAGAGAUAAGAAUAUCUCUUCUACCAUUUCACCGGGAGAUAAGUCAAAGGGUUCAGGACUGGCAUUGCCAUCGGCACAUGCGUCAGCUGAUGUGAUUGACAAAGUAGUAGUUGAUGAGGAAGCGGAGCUUGCUUCGACUAGGAGUGAGGAAGCAGCAGCAUUUCAAAACAAACGACUGUCUUUUGCGAUUGCCCCACUACCUCCCAUUCGCAAGAGAUCCUACAAACAGCAGUACGAUGGUGGUGAUGAGAAUGUCAAUCUUCUUGGAGAUAUGGAGCAAACUGAGAAGGCGGAUGCAACCAAUGCUUCCUGAGCAGACGCUGGUGAUGCUUAGUAUGGAUUUCACACUUAUUGAUUUUCACCUGUUCUAGUUGCAGUUGCCACAUGCCAAAUUUUCUGCAUCUUCGCUGACCAUAUCUACUGUUAAUUAAACUAGUCUGUCUUUCUGCCUCGAGUAGUUGCUUUUGCUUGUAAAUUGACGUGUUCCAGUUACAAGUGGACCUGACUGCGUGUUAUGUUAGGACUAUCAACCGUUGGCUCCAACUAUCUCAGAGCCUAACGGUAUCAAUGUUCUAGAAAUUAUGAUACAUAAUAUUUCUUUUGGAAUCUACUGUUAUUGGCCGAUGGAAAAAAAAAAUAUAUUCUUAUUA